GCAAAAUGCAAGAGGACCACAUGCGUGCGCGUGAUUCUCCGGCGCCGCCGCCGGCCCCCCGAUCAUUUAUUGCAAAUGAAAAAGUGGAAGAGCUUAUAAAUGAAGUGUCAAAAAGGCCAGCGCUAUACAAAAAAGAUAUGAAGCAAUACUCUGACAUUAAUGUUAAAAAAAAAAUAUGGAAGGAAGUGUGCGAAGCACUAAUAAGCAAUUGGGGAAAACUCAGUGCGAAUGAAAGAAAAGAUCAAGGUCAUGACAUCCAAAAAAAAUGGAACAAUUUGCGGACCUGCUUCGCUAGAGAACUUAAAGCUCAAAAGUCUGUUAAAUCUGGACAAGCAGCUCCUAAACGACGACCCUAUGUUUACUUUGAGCGUAUGUAGUUUUUGGCCCCUUGUAUGCAAUCACGGCCUACUGAAGGCAGUAUUGAAAGUGAAUCAAACCAAGAUGACGCUGAUUUAUCAGAAGAAGCAAAAUCACAGCCGCAACGAAAACGAAAAACUAAACAAAGCGACUAUGAUGAACAAGUAUUAAAGGCGCUUCAAUCUAAUGAAGACGACGAUACUAAUUAUUGCUUAUCUUUGGUUCCUUUUAUGAAAGAGCUGACGUCUGACGAAAAAUUAGAAGUGCGUAUAAGAAUUUUACAAAUAUUCCAAGAUACGAAGAAGAAAAGAUUAUUGCCAAAUACAAUGUAUAACAUUCAGCCUAGCACUUCACAAUUUUCUAGAAGCUCCCGUCCGCCUAAGCGGGUUGCCCCUUCAACUUCCAUUCGGAUUAUUGCUGAUGAAAUUAUUCAGCCAAAACCAGUCCAAUCCACAAAUCAGGCAAUUUUUUCACAGCAUAUGAAAGACCUUCAACAGCAAUAUAUCACAGAGCCACAGGAAACAGUACCAUCUUUUCUACAGCUUUCAAGUCCGUCUGCGGAAAGUCAAACACCACCUCCGCAAUGUUCAACUCCAUCUCCACAUGAUAGUACCAUUUCUUCAUAUUGGACAAAAUUCUCAGAGUAGUCAGAUUCAGAACUUAUUGAUUUGUAAAAGAAAAAAAUACUAAUUAGUCUUUAAUUUUGAUUAAAAGUACAACAUUUUGAUUAUAAGUAAAACAUUUUGAAUAUAAGUAAAACAUUAAUAAAAAAUAUAUCGAUAAAUGAGAUGUAUUUGUAAUAAAGUGUAUAGGUACCUACCGAAGUGUUAAGCCAACUCUCUCUUGAACAGUGAUGGUAAGUCGGAAAGUCGUGUCCUGCUUGAUAAUUGCUGGCCCGAUUUGAUGCACAAGUUCAUCAAAAGAAGAAAUACUCAUUCGGUAGAAUUUAAAGAACUUUUCUGGGUAACAUCUUAGUUUAGAAUGCAAUGUAUGAUGUUUCCCAUACACUAAUCUGUCACUUAUUAAAGGAUGUACCCAGAAUUCUCUCUUUUGUUUUUGUCUUCUCUUUAAUAUAAGAGCAAGUAGAGCGUUCUUUUUUCUCAUUUUCACGCACACGUCACUAUACUAGCAACACUGUCACCGACUAAAUCGAUAGGUCUGC